ACAAACUGCGGCAAUGAAUUCAGUGCAGACAUCUCAACUGCAGAGGGUAGUUUUUUUCUCAGGAUGCCCGUCAAAACACAGCUGCAGAGAAUGAUGAAAGUACCAGAAGUGGCAGCUGUCCUUGAAAAUCGAAAUAUUGAUGAAAUCUUGAGAGAAACUAACAUAAAUGACAUUGUUCAUGGUAAACUUUAUAAAAACCUUCUUCAUGAUGGCAUAAUAGGUCCCAGUGACUUGUCAUUAUUGUUCAAUACUGAUGGAGUUUCUAUUUUUAAAUCCUCCAAUUUUUCUGUUUGGCCUUUGUUUGCCACAGUAAAUGAAAUUCCACCACAUAUGCACAGGAAACAUAUGAUUAUGGCAGGCUUGUGGUUUGGAGAAUGUAAACCCAAAAUGAAUACUUUCUUAAAACCAUUUGUGGAUGAACUUAGAGAUUUGGGUGCAGAUGGUUUGCACUCACCUCUUGGCCAAACCAGGAUUUUUGCUCUUUGCCUGUCAGCGGAUGCACCUGCCAGGUCUUUAGUGAGGAAUUCCAAACAGUUCAAUGGGAAGUAUGGAUGCGACUGGUGUAAGCAGGAAGGCACACCAAUACCAAAUGGAAAUUUGUCCUCCCGUUCGUACUUACCCAUACAAUGGUGAAGCACUCCCAAGAACUGACGAUGAUCAGAGGAGAUUGUCAAUAGAGUCACAGAGAACAGGGAUGUGUCAGCAAGGUGUGAAGGGGCCUUCAGUUGUCAUGCAGUUACCACAUUAUGACUCUGUGAAAGGCAUUUGUUCUGAAUCACAACACACAGCUUUCUUAGGAGUUACUAGACAUUUUGUGGGGACUUGGCUGGAUUCAGCAAACAGAGCAGAGGCAUAUUACAUUGGGGACCAAGUGAAGAAAUUAGAUGAGAGACUGCAGGAUAUAGCACCUCCAAGUGAAAUAACCAGAUGCCCCAGGUCUCUCAAAACGCAGAAGUAUUGGAAGGCAUCUGAAUGGCGAGCUCUCCUGUUCUAUUCUUUGGUGGUAUUUCAGGGAAUUUGACCUGCUGUGUAUAUGAAACACUGGUUCCUAUUUGUAUUUGGUAUUUAUUACCUCAUGAGUGAGAGUGUUUCUGAAAGAAAGGAUCGUGAGAGCAAUGCUUGCCUCAGGAUGUUUGUUCUGAUGACUGAGCGUUUAUAUGGAAUAAGACAUUGCACUUUCAAUGUCCACUCAUUGAUUCAUUUUGUCCAGUCAGUUAUCAACACUGGCCCUUUAUGGGCAACUUCCACCUUUGUUUUUGAGGGUUACAACAGGACUUUGAUUAGGUGUUUCCACGGUACCCAGAAAGUUGGUUUUCAGAUUUGUGAGACAUUCUCUCUCAUGAAGGUGAUGACAGAGUUAGCAGUUAGUUGCAUGGAGGAGAACACUGAUGUGUCUGUCCUGUAUACCUCAUUGGCCAGCAGACACACUAAAUCAAAAUGUACAAACGUACUUUCAAAUAAUUUGCGUGCUCUUGGCAAAGGAGAGCAAGUUAUUCUGCCUCCAUCAAAGUUACUGGCUGCAAGCAGACUGACAGGGAACCAAGUGCACACUUCCGCCAUUGUAUAUAAGAGAUUUAUUUUUCACCACCAGCUGUAUACCAGCAGUGACUAUUUUCAAUCUGCUCGGCAUUGCAACUGCUAUGUUGCAUUUACUCAUGGUGUGUAUAAAUAUGGAAGAAUUGAAACUUUUCUCUGUGUUAAAUUGGGACCAGACUGCAUGAAUGAUAAUGGUUUUUGUUUGUGUGAUAAAGCAAAUAUCAUACUAGUAAAGCCAUUCAGCAUUACACGAAGACCAUUAUUUGUUGAUGCAAGGCUAGGCUGUUCAUCUGACUUUCUUGUAAAUAUUGACCAACAUGCAGAUAACCCAAAUAUUUGUAUUUAUCCAGGAGACAUCCUGCAAAAAUGUAUUUUUAUGAAAACUGAUGUUUCAUCUUACCUGUGCCCACUGCCUUCUCAGUUUUACUGGGAUUAAGUUGUGAAUUGAUGGUUACACAUGAAUGUUUUACAUGUUAGCAG